UAUAGAUUUGCAAUAUUGAUUUAGAUAUAUGCAGUAGUCAGGGAAGUACCCGAGGGUGUGAACGAAAUCAGUUAAAGUAACAUGGUGUUUUCUCUGGGACUAUCUUAACUGCAUCAGUAUGGCCCGUAAAGAAGUAUUAACAGGGUUGGUCGGCACCGCAUCUUCUUUUGUGUUGAUACUUCUUUUCCUAGUUGUGUACUGGCGUGCACUUAGGUUAGCCCCAGCUGAACCGAGAUUCUGUUAUUCUGAUGAGGACGUUUCCAAUGCCAAGGAAAAUCCAGAUUUGCUGAAGCAGUUAAUAGUGAAAAAUGACAAGAACACAAAGCGAAAACAGUAUUGUCACAAUGCCAGCAAUGUAUUGCACGAACUGAUUGCAAAGAUGACAGCUGAAAAAUACAACAAUAAUGCUAAUCCAGAAUAUCUUUCAUUCAAUCCAGCAGACAUUAACUGCAUAAUUUCUGUAAAAGAAGAACAUAUAAUGCAGCUUAAACAUAUUGGUUCACAUGUGAAGCCAGUACCAGGCAAGCCAACAAAAAUAUUUUGGAAUAAGAUGAUGAAUUCAGCGGGUGGACUAAGAUAUCUACAAAAGGAAGGGGCUAUUUAUAUACAGAAAUCUGGUAGAUACUACAUAACCACACAGCUGACUACCAAAAUGGAAAACGCAACUACCCAAAGUGAUGAGCAAACAGUGAAACAUCUUGUAUAUCGCAUCUCAGCAAAUGAAGGGGGAGAACACAUUCUACUUGAAAACCCAAUAUCAGCAUGCGAGAUGACUGUCGAGCAAUCAGAGCAGUCAAGCAACAUAGGUGCAGUUUUUGAACUUAAAGAGAAGGAUCGAAUCUACGUCGCAACUUCCCAUCCAUAUAAUAUCGUCUCCGGUCCUGGAAGAGAUCAUUUUAGCAUUCAUAAGAUGUAAAAUCUAUGCUGUAUCUACGCUGCACGGAACUUCGCGUGCAAUAUUACGCUUAAAAGAAAAGAAACAUUUUAUGGUUUGUUUUUAAGAUUGUUAUUACCUCCUGAAGCAAAUCUGUGAUAACUUUUUACGUUUAUAUGUUGUUGAAUAUUUACAUGUUAUGUAUGUUAGGCAGAUUUUUUUUUCAUAUACUUUUGUAUUCAUUAUAUUCCUUGUUUGCCAACAAUCUAUAAGUCAUAUAAUCUCACUUGUACGAUCAUACCAGUAUUUCGUUAGAAUUCUGAAACAGGCGUUUGAAAAAAGCGCAGUUAUUAGUAAAUCAGAAAAAUUUAAACUGGAAUCAAGCUAUUAACAAUGAUUUAUUCAACAUUACCAGUCUAAAAUUUUGGAAAAUAUUUCACUAUCAAAAACAACUAAACAUAAAUGAAAUAAGUAGUAUUUACACUUUAAGCUUUAAGCCAAUCACAACUGUUAAAUGGGGAUCCUUAUUUUAAAUAUUGAGUUUUUAGUUUUUAUCAGAUUACGCUCAGCUGUGUUUAAAGUUUUGCCGUUUCUUAUAUAUUUCUCAUUCUACUUUGGUUUUCUUCAUAAUUCUCCUAUCUUAGAUUUUAUGGUUUUGGGUCUCCCGUCCUUUCAGAUAAAUUAACUUUUUAGUGUUGUUAGAAUUGACACAAGUCCGUCUCGACGGAUCGGGAUUUGUUUUAAAUCAACCAUAACGACAGAAGCAUUCUUAUUAGCUCGACUAUUCAUAGAAUAGUAGAGCUAUUGGACUCGCCCAUGCGUCGGAGUCGGCGUCGGCGUCCGCGUCCGCGUCGGCGUCCGCGUCCCGAGUUUGGUUAGGGUUUUGUAUGUAAGCUGGUAUCUCAGUAACCACUUGUGGGAAUGGAUUGAAACUUCACACACUUAUUCACUGUGACAAACUGACUUACAUUGCACAGGUUCCAUAACUCUAUUUUGCUUUUUUACAAAAUUAUGCCCCUUUUUCGACUUAGAAAUUUUUGGUUAAGGUUUUGUAUGUAAGCUGGUAUCUCAGUAACCACUUGUGGGAAUGGAUUGAAACUUCACACACUUAUUCACUGUGACAAACUGACUUACAUUGCACAGGUUCCAUAACUCUAUUUUGCUUUUUUACAAAAUUAUGCCCCUUUUUCGACUUAGAAAUUUUUGGUUAAGGUUUUGUAUGUAAGCUGGUAUCUCAGUAACCACUUGUGGGAAUGGAUUGAAACUUCACACACUUAUUCACUGUGAUGAACUGACCUACAUUGCACAGGUUCCAUAACUCUAUUUUGCUUUUUUACAAAAUUAUGCCCCUUUUUCAACUUAGAAAUUUUUGGUUAAGGUUUUGUAUGUAAGCUGGUAUCUCAGUACUUACUAAUGGGAAUGGAUUGAAACUUCACAUACUUGUUCACUGUCAUGAUCUGACAUGCACUAAGCAAGUCCCAUAACUCUACUCUUUUUUUUCUUCAAAAUUAUGCCCCUUUUUCGACUUAGCAGUUUUUGGUUAAAUUUUUGUAUGUAAUCUGAUAUCUCAGUAUCCACUAAUUGGAAUGGAUUGAAACUUCACACACUUGUUCACUGUCAUGAUCUAACAUGCACUGUGAAGGUCCAAUAACUCUACUUGGCAUUUUUACAAAAUUAUGCCCUUUGACUUAGCAGUUUUUGGUUAAGUUUUUGUAUGUAAGCUGGUAUCUCAGUAUCCACAAAUUGGAAAGGAUUGAAACUUCACACACUUGUUCACUGUCAUGAUAUGACAUGCAGUACAGAGGUUCAAUACCUCUACUUUGCAUUUUACAAAAUUAUGCCCCUUUUUCAACUUUUGUAUUCAUUCAAUUGACAAGGCUGUUGAAUAGUCGUGCGUUGCCGUCCUCCGACAGCUCUUGUUUUUUGUUGAACUUGCUUUCAGUACAUGUUGUCAAGAGGCCUUAAACAACAUCAGUUAAAUCAAAUAAACUCAGCUCAUAAGAUGCCAUAGAAGAUUUGAUUUUAUUCAUACGAAUACAAAUCUAUUUAUUUACUUUAAAAUCAUUUAAUUUUGUGGGAAUGAAAUUUCGUGGUAUUAGUCAAAACGGCAAUUUUGCGGGGAUUUAUAUUCGUGGAUUUCAACUUUUGAACAUUUAAUGAAUAGGAAUUUUACUAGUUCGUUGGGAUUAAAUUUCGUGGAUUGACUCAACCUCGAUCCACGAAAAUUAGUCCCCCAUGAAUAUUAAUGACUUCACAGUAAUCUAACGUUGCAUCUAACUACACAGGUAAAACACAUUGUCGCUUUGUCGUUGUUAUCAGAAAAGAAACAUUUGUCUCGAUUUCGUGUAAACGCAUUUGUUUCAUCAAGCAUAUCUGUGAUAAUUUUUUAUAUAUUUGUUGCAUAGCUUUUUCUUACGUUGAUAUACCUGUUGUUAAUUUUGAUUUAUAUUUUUAAUUUAUUCUUUACUUAAUUAUGAUAUGUUGUCAAUAAGCAAGUCUUUGAAAGGUAAUUAAACUGAUUUU